AGUGACAUUUGAAGUUGAAGUUUGAAGUAGUCGUAGAAAAUCCUGUGGAAAUCAGUCGCGUUUCGGAACAAUGAUUAACUAAGACCAAAAAAAUAAAUCAAAAACAAAUUAAAAUAAAUAAAUCAAGAUCGACUUCGAAUUUUUUCUACUCAAGAUCAUGGAUGAAUUUAGAUGAUAAUGGCUUCGUUAACUUCAACUGCUUUGCCACCGUUUUCGAUGGAAGAAGAAAUUACACCAGGAAAAGAAGGUGUUAAAAAUUUACAACAAUUAUUGUUUCCAUUAACUCCGAGAAAAGCCAGUUCCGACAGCUACUUAUGUAAUUUUUUAUUAAAAUCUGCGAACGCAAUCGAAUUUGAAGAGGAUCGUUUAUCGCAAGUCGUCCGAUUUAAAGAUUCGAAGGAAUCCAUCGGUAGAGAUUUAGAUUGUCCUUUGCAACCGCCUCGUUGGCCAACAGAAUGUCAAGUAAUAGAAGAGAAAAUCACCCAUAUUCCUUAUGUUCCAUCAUUUCCCGAAGCAUUUUAUAGUCCAACCGGAAAAGAAGUUCAACCAAAACCCAUCGGAGAAGAAUGUGGAAUCAUCAUUUAUCAAUAUUAUCCUAUAAACGCUGUUAAUUACUUUAAUAGAUCAAGCAUUGGAGGUAGUAGAUAUCUUUUAUCAACUUGUCCAUCACCGGAAGAGGAUUGUUUACGUUUCGAAUCGCGUUUUGAAUCGGGAAAUUUGGCGAAAGCGAUAAAAAUCACGAACACGUAUUACGAAUUGUACUUAAGAAACGAUAUGUACACUAGCAAACACACGCAAUGGUUUUACUUUAGGAUAACGCGUACCAGAAAAAACGUACUUUAUCGUUUUUCAAUCGUUAAUUUGAGUAAAGAUGGUAGUCUUUACAACGAAGGAAUGAAAUUGUUGAUGUACUCAGAAAAAGAUGCUCAAUUACAUUCGAUCGGGUGGAGAAGAUGUGGUGAUAACAUUACUUAUUUUUGUAAUGAGUCGAUAACUCCCGAUGAUCCAAAUCAACAACAAUUAUACACAUUAACAUUUACUUUAGAGUUUCCCCACGACGAUGAUGCCAUUUAUUUAGCUCAUAGUUACCCAUACACUUAUUCUGAUCUUCAAAAUUACCUUCAGGAGCUAACUACACAUCCUAUCAAAAGUACUUUUAGUAAUUUAAGGCUGUUAUGUAAGACUUUAGCUGGAAAUAAUGUUUAUUACAUAACGAUUACGUCGCCUCAAGUAACCGGAGAUCAGAAAAAAUCUGCAAUUGUGAUAACUGCCAGAGUUCAUCCUGGUGAAACCCCAUCUUCGUGGAUGAUGAAAGGGUUUUUAGACUUUCUAACAGGCGAUUCAGGUCCUGCUAAAGAAUUACGCGAUAAAUUCAUUUUUAAAUUAGUGCCAAUGUUAAAUCCGGAUGGGGUUAUUGUGGGUAAUAAUCGAUGUUCUUUAUCCGGAAGGGAUUUAAACAGACAAUAUAGAACUGUAAUAAGGGAAGCUUAUCCGUCAAUUUGGUACACAAAGCUCAUGAUAAGAAGACUUCUUGAAGAAUGCGGUGUUGCUAUGUAUUGUGAUCUUCACGCCCAUUCCCGAAGACACAAUAUCUUCAUUUACGGUUGUGAGAAUCGUAGGGGGGCUGAAAAACGUUUACACGAACAAAUUUUUCCAUUGAUGUUACAUAAAAACGCUGCAGAUAAAUUUUCGUUCGAAAGUUGCCGAUUUCGCGUUCAAAAAUGUAAAGAAGGAACUGGACGUGUUGUUAUGUGGAUGAUGGGAAUACCUAAUAGUUUCACUAUGGAAGCUUCAUUUGGUGGUUCAACACUUUCAACGAAAUCAGAGAUUCAUUUUCAUACCUCCGAUUAUGAACAAAUGGGGAAAUCUUUUUGCCAAACUUUAUUGGAUUUCUACGAUGAUGAUCCUAGAAAGGAAAUUUUAAGAUUAAAAAUCAUCAAUAGAUUAGUAAAAGAAGGUUCAAAUGCUGAUGAACCAACAAAUAUUCAAUUAUCAGAUUAUUCUAGUGAUUCCGGUGUAACAACGAGUGGUACAGAUGAAGAGGGUGGCGAUAACGAUAUCGAAGAAAUCCCUUUUAUUGUGCCACCACCAUCGCCAGCUAUUGCAAAAAAACCUUCUAAAAGCAAAAUUGUUCCUCAAAAAUCUAAAAACCAAAUUGUAUUUAAAUCACCUCCGCCAAAACCAAGAAAAACACUGCCGAUGUCAAAAGCCAAUUUCGGAAUAUAUUUUAAUUCCCAAAUGGAAUAUUUUUUCACUUCCGAUGUGGAUUCUUCAAGUGACACAGAUACUGAAAUGAUAAAACCGCCAACAAAAACUGCAAAAAAAAAGAAGAAAAAGAAGAAACAAAUUCGUUCUUUGCCGAAAUCGAAACCACAUCCGGUUGUAACUCUUCCAGUUGAUUUUUCCGAUACUGAAAUAAUUUUAAAUAAAAAGAAACAAAGUAUAUCAACGCAUGAACUGAUUUCCGAAACAAGAAUUAGGUCCCAAUCUUGGCAAAGAGGAACAACCGGAAAUCAAGGGCCAACCGUUAAAAAUUUGUUGGAGAAUAAACGAAGUACUGCACGUCAAUUGGCUGAAGUUCAAGCUAAAUUACUUUCGUUAAGAAAUAAGUUGUGGUUUGGCGUUGGUGAUAAUGACUAUUUGGAUUCUACAACGCCUUUAAUUUGGGACACUAAUUCUAUGUGUAUUACAAAUAAUCCCCCGUUAAAAACAAAAAAGAAACAUCAAAAGCAUGAUAAAGAUAAAAAAAGUAAAGUAUUAAAA